UCACAUGUAAUCUUCCAUACAAUAUUGAAAACAUCAUUAUGAGGAAAACUUUCUGUGCUAUGCUUGUUCUAGUUGCUGUAUUGUUCUUUGGAGCUGCAGAGUUUUGUUCUGGUCGGAACACAAGCUUUAGCUGUAUAGAAAAGGAGAGAGAAGCCCUCUUGAAGUUCAAACUUUGUUUCCAUGAUCCAUCGCAUAUGUUGUCUUCUUGGAAAGGCAAUGAUUGUUGUGAAUGGAGAGGAGUAGGCUGUGAUAAAAAUAACAGAUAUGUUGUCUCGCUUCAACUCAGGGGAUCAGUAUUUAGUAAUCAACGACCUCAAUUGUACUUGAUUGACGAUGUAAAGGAGGUUGGUUCAAGUUUGCUGAAGUUGAGAUACUUAGAACACCUGGACUUGAGCAACAAUAAUUUCAGUGGUAAUCUUAUUUCACCCUCCCUUGGCUUGAUGAAGCAGUUGAGGUACCUAAAUCUCUCUUAUGCACAGUUUAGAGGAAGAAUUCCUGGUGAACUUGGAAAUCUUACAAGGCUUCGUGUCCUUGAUCUUUCUCAGUAUUAUUAUGGGGGAUUGAAGGUUGAUGAUGACAUUCAGUGGAUUUCUCGUCUCUCCUCUUUGCAACGACUUGAUAUGAGUGGAGUAAAUUUAAGCCAUGCCUCAUCAAACUUGUUCCAAGCACUUGGUAUGCUUUCUUCAUUAUCAUGGUUGAGUCUGUCAGAUUGUAGUCUAAAAAAUUCUCACCUACCAUCUCACAACCACCUCCUUAAUUUUACAUUGCUUGGAAAUAUUCAACACUUCGAUAUGUCACAAAACUCUUUUCAUGGUCCAAUACCUAUUUUUCUCCAAAACAUGACUUCAUUGACAUUUCUUGAUUUAAGCGGAGUAAAUUUAAGUCUUACAUCAUCAAACUUGUUUCAAGUACUUGGCAUGCUUCCUUCACUAUCAUGGUUAAGUUUGUCAAGUUGUAGUCUCAAAAAUCAUCACUUACCAUCUUGCAACCAUCCCAUUAAUUUUACAUUGCUUGGCAAUAUUCAACACUUAGAUCUUUCAAUUAACUUUUUCCAAGGUCCAAUACCUAUAUUUCUCCAAAACAUGACUUCCUUGAUAGUUCUUUAUCUUUUUAGCAAUCAAUUGACUGGGAGUAUUUUAGAUAGCAUCGGACAACUUUCUAAGUUAAAAAGCAUAAGUCUCUUUAACAAUCAAUUGAGUGGAAGUAUUCCAAAUAGCAUCGGGCAACUUUCUAAGUUAGAGAGCAUGGAUCUUUCUGGGAAUCAAUUGAGCAGUAUUCCAGAUAGCAUCGGGCAACUUUCUAAGUUAAAGAGCAUGGAUCUUUCUGGGAAUCAAUUGAGCAGUAUUCCAGAUAGCAUCGGGCAACUUUCUAAGUUAGAGAGCAUGUAUCUUUCUGGGAAUCAAUUGAGGAGUAUUCCAGAUAGCAUCGGGCAACUUUCUAAGUUAGAGAGCAUGUAUCUUUCUGGGAAUCAAUUGAGGAGUAUUCCAGAUAGCAUUGGGCAACUUUCUAAGUUAGAGGGCAUGUAUCUUUGUGGGAAUCAAUUGAGGAGUAUUCCAGAUAGCAUCGGGCAACUUUCUAAGUUAGAGGACAUGUAUCUUUUUGGGAAUCAAUUGAGGAGUAUUCCAGAUAGCAUCUGGCAACUUUCUAAGUUAGAGAGAAUAUAUCUUUCUGGGAAUCAAUUGAGUAGUAUUCCAGAUAGCAUCGGGCAACUUUCUAAGUUAAAGAGCAUGGAUCUUUCUGGGAAUCAAUUGAGGAGUAUUCCAGAUAGCAUCUGGCAACUUUCUAAGUUAGAGGGAAUAUAUCUUUCUAGCAAUCAAUUUGGAAUAGGAUUUCCUAAAUGGCUUCAAUUACCAAAGACAAUAAAGAUGGUUGAUCUCUCUAAUGCUAGCAUCUCAAGUCCUCUUCCAGAAAACAUAGGUCAUAUGAUGCCAAUGUUGGAGGUAUUACAUCUUGCAAAUAACCUCAUAAAAGGUUCAAUUCCAAAGUCACUAUGCAAUUUAAAAUAUUUGGCAGUACUUGAUCUCUCAAACAAUAUGUUAUCUGGAAAUAUUCCAAAGUCGCUAUGCAAUUCAAAAUCUUUGGGAUAUCUUGAUCUCUCAAAUAAUAUGUUAUCCGGAAGUAUUCCUAAUUGUUGGAGAAAUGAUCAAUCAUUCUUUUUUAUUGAUCUAUCUUCUAACAAUCUCUCAGGUUUAUUUCCGAGCACAAUGGUGCAGCUUUCUUCUUUAAGUUUACUACACUUGAACAACAAUAGUCUCCAUAAGGGACUGCAUGUGGCAUUGAAAAAUUUCACUUCUUUAGUGGUUUUGGAUUUGGGUGAAAAUAAAUUUUCUGGAAAUUUAACAAGCAUUGUAAGGGGGGAGAUCAGCAACCACUCUUUAAAGGUUCUUCGUCUGCGAAAAAAUUUGGUUUCUGGUUAUAUUCCUUUGGAACUAUGCUCUUUCUCUCAUAUGCAAAUUCUGGAUCUUGCGGAUAACAAUUUGAUAGGAAGCAUUCCUCCUUGUUUUGGAAAGUUUCCGAUUAUGGUGAAUGCAACACAAUUGAUCCAUGACUCAUAUGGUGGAUAUUGGGAUGAAGCACCUUUGAUAGAGGUUGUGAAAGGGAGAUACCUUGAGUAUAAAAGACGAACUCUGAGACUUGAGAUUAGUAUAGAUCUUUCAAGUAACAAUCUAAUAGGAUACAUUCCAGAGGAGCUAAUAUUGCUUAAGGAUUUGCACAAUUUGAAUCUAUCUUGGAAUCAUCUCUCAGGAAAGAUCCCUGAGAAAAUUGGACAAAUGGAGAAUUUGGAAUCUCUUGAUUUCUCCAAGAAUGGCCUUUCAGGAAUGAUCCCAAAUAGCAUGUCAAGUUUAACCAAGUUAAGCCACCUCAACUUGUCCUACAACAACUUGUCAGGGCCAAUUCCAACAGGUUAUCAACUCCAAACACUCGAAGAUCCAACCAUGUAUGCUGGCAAUCCUCAACUUUGUGGAGCUCCACUCUUGAACAAAUGCUCAAAUGAUACACUACCUCCAACAACCGCUAACUUCAAGGACAAUGAUGAAGGUGCACUUAAAAGAAUGUGGUUUUACAUUGUUGUGUUGUUAGGCUUUGUAACUGGAUUUUGGGGAGUCGUGGGAACUUUAAUUUUUGUAAAAAAUUGGCGAUAUGCUUAUUUUCAAUGGGUGGAUGAUGUCCAACACUGGAUACUUGUAGUUAUAACAUUGAAAGUGGCAUGUUUCAAGAAGAUGUUCAAUGGCAACAAAGAUGAUCAAUGAGUUAUAUAUGGAGUAAGUUGUUGUUGCUACAAUUAUUAUUAAAUUAGUUGAAGAACCCUGUGUUACAAGGUAUAGUGUUCGGUCCAACUCUGAAUGGCCCAACAUUGAAUUGGCCAAUUUUAAAUGUACACAUAAGUAUGAAAGUUUGUAACGUCUUCAAUAAUAUAACAUAGGCUGUAGU